UGACCCCCUAUGCCUGCCUGCCCUUCCCUGUCUGUGACCCCUGACCUUUGGUGUUAAAUCCCUCCAGCUGGGGCUCUCCGUCCCCAGAGUGACCCUAGCCCCAGGCCCCCUGGGGCAACUCUCCCGCUCUUGGCUCUCUCUAUGCAGGGACACCUGCCAACCCUCCCUCAUAGAUGGGGGGAUGGGAAGCCAGACAAUGAGUCACCCCACUUCCAGGCACUACUACUUUUGGGGUCAGUGGCUUUGGGGGGACUUGCUGGAGCCAGGACACAAUCUGUGUGAAGGGUGAAUGGGAAAAAGCUCCUGGCCAAAACACCCUGUUUUUGUGUCUUGGGUUCGAAUCUUGGCACAACCACUACCUUUUGGGUGUUCUUUAGCCCGGCUCUUCCUCUUUGCAGGCCUCAGUUUCCUCAUCUGUAAAACCAAGGGUCAGGUAAGGUGAGCUUUCUGAGUCCUAACAGUAGGUUCGUCUGUCAGUGGGGGCAGGGAGGAAGGCUACGUCCAACAAAAGCUAACUCUCAAUUAUCCGUGGGUGGAGCCAGUAUGAAUAACUGGAUGCCACAGACAUCCCAAAACCUCAUUUUAAACAAUCGUGUAAACCUCGUCCCCACAAAGCUUUUGUUUCUAAAAAGCUCAGCUGCAAAAGGGUAGCCAUAGCCAUUUCUUCUGCGCCCUCUUUCCUUAGUGGGAAUACCAGUGAGGGGCUAGAGGGCAAAUUGGACACCAGGGCCCCUCCUUAGGGCCUGGAGAGACGCUGGAGCUCACCUCUGUGUCUCAGGCUCCCCUCCAAGGCUAGCCCAGCCUUGGCCCUGUGGAGUGGGAGGGUCCACUGGCCACCUAAAUUGUUCCAGGGUCUGUGCUGGCUCUGGUGUGGAGUGAAGAGUGUGUUUUUCCUCACGACAUUUUCCCAUGCACAUUCCCGUCUCCCCAGCUGGAUUCUCCUGGAAUCUGAAUUUCCCACGUAGGGGAGAGGGCGGUGCCAGUGCUGGGCAGGGUUUGGGGCUAUCCCAGGAUGAGGGAGGAGGGUAACAGCUGUGACUGGGGGACCAGAUGUUGAGGCUGGGGCCUGCAGUUCUGCUUUUUGGGAGGCAUUGGGGCUCUUUAGGAAAGAAGGAAGGCUGAGGGGGGGUGCGCUAUGCUCCUGGCUGGAUCCCCCAUCUUCCUGUGCCUCUCUGUAGGUUCCUGCAUCCCAGGGGAAAAAUGAGGUGGGCUCUUUACCUAAGUGGGAAAAAUGGAUCUCAAAGGACAGACCAUCAAUCAGGGCAGAGUGAGGGGCUAAACCUUUCCUAGGGCUGCCCCUAAAUUCCUUCUCUGUUCGCUUAUGGUUGUUAUUUGGAAACCAUCCUUACAAGGUGCUGAGUGGGGAGGGCCCUUUCCCCUUUCAAGGAUGAUAGGGACCCUGUGGCUGCCGUGGGUAGGUGCUAAGUGUGAGGGACCCCCUCUUACCUGAUACAAGGGUCUCGGGCAGAGCAUUGGGGUUUCCACCCUCUGCUUAGAAGCUCCCUCCUUCAGGAGUUGUGCAGCAUCCCCAUACUGAAUUAGAAUCCAUGCAUGCAUAUGGGGACUCACCUCUCAGAGGACACCAGAACAGGUGACUGUCCCCGUUCCAGAUGUGUGGACGGCAGCCUCAGCCGGCUUGUGGGACGCAUCUACUGACCCAGUGUGUUUUUGAGGUGGCUUCUCUGAGCCCUAUCGUAGUGAAUUUUACUACAAGUGUGGCCAGGUUGGGGACUGGGCAUUUUUAACAAGCACCUCCCCAGACUGAGCCAUUGCUCGGAUCUCAGGAACAAGACAGAGCCUGCUGGUACUAGUAGUUGGGGGUGUUUGCAGGGAAAAACCUGACUGUCUGCCCCACAUCUCCCACCUUACCAGAGCCAUCCUUCCUACUCUGGCUAAUAAAACAUGGCAGACGUCCCCAGGUGGGUCGGGUUGAGGGAUGGGGUGCUGAUCCCGCCUGAAUAUCUCUUGGAAAAAUCCAACCAGCGUACAUGGCUUCCACUGGCCAACUUGACAGAGACUGCAUCCCACCUGCAAUUGCCAAGUCUGUGACAGGCCCAUUAAUCCCAGUUUGGUAAGCGAGGGAACUGAGGCUCAGGAUGGAAAAGGACCAGCGGGCAUCUGCAUCUGUGGGAAAGGGCAUGUCAGCCAGUUUCCUAGUCUGGAUGUAGCUGGGGCCUUGUCCUUAGGCAGCUGGGACAUCUUUCCCCUAGAGAUGCCCCCCAUCUCUCCAUGGGAGAUGAGUGACGGAGAGGAGAGGGUAGGCCUGGCUCUUCUCCUCAUUUGUGCCCUGCUUGGGGGCGGAGGGGGAGCUCACAGGUCUUCCUAAAAAGGCCUCUAGAAACUUCCUUUAUAGCCGGUUGGCCCCCUGGGAGUUCAGAGGUUCAACCUGAGUGACCCUUCUGGCACUGCAGCUGGGACACCUUCCUUUAGGCAUCUCCAGCCUGAGUAGGCACAGUCCUUGACUGUGGCUGUUCACUGCCCAUCCCCCCAGAUAGGAGGGGGAGGCCCUAGUUAGCUGGUGGCUGGACUGGGAGGGGCAUGAGGGUGGGAAAGAGUCUGCUUCAGGAGCAGGGGCUUCCCAUCUGCUCCAGAUGCCCCUGGUGGGGGAUGGGCAAAGGGGCUGAGAAUCUUCCAGUGCCAAGACUGUUGCGGUGAGGGAGCAGCAAGGGCCCCUCAAGUCCUUUGUCUUGGAUGCGGGAGAGGCCAGGUAGUACCCAGCACAGGGAGGGGUCCGUGUGUGCCUUUACAGAUGGCUAGGAGAGGGGACUCCCAUCUAAUAGCCCUUGGUGUCUUCCUCCAGUCAUGGCCAGGAGUGGGUGGGAGCCCAGCAGAGGCUCCUGGAGGCUGCUGAGCCUUCUGAAUCAGCCUGGGCUGGGAGCCUGUGGGAGAGCAGUCCCUGCCAUCAGACAGGAUCUCUAUGGUUUCACCACGCUCCCCUUGAUCCCAGCAAUAAAAAGGGGAGAAACUGAGGCUCUGGGAGCUUUGGUGACUUGUCCUGUGGUAUCUUGGUGUGGGGGGAGGACAGAAGUCAUUCCUUUAUGCCUAACUUACCCACUCACUCUACAGAAGCCAGGGAAACCUUCAGACCCAUCCUCACCCACAAGGAAAUGCCCCAGAAGGGGCCUGCCAGACCCAACCUGCUCCAGCAUCUGGGGGGCCCAGGGUCUGUGGAACCGAGCAGGGUAAGGUGUCCUGGCAUCUGAGACUGACCGUGACCCAUGAAAUGCCACUUCAACCUGGAAACUGCCCAAUUCCACUCGUACUUCCCAGGUCUGCUCCCAGGGUCCUCUGCGUCUGACUGGCAUAUCCCAGCCUGCCUGAGCCAGUUCUCCCUUGAGCCACACUAUUCUUCAUCAGAGCCCACACGGCCAUUUACAGUGCCUCAGCCCCAACUGUGGUGCCCCUCCUCCUCCUCUCGCCCUUCCUGUUCGUCCCCCUCUCCCUCCUGAGUGGUGGGGACCAUCUCCACAGACCUUAGAUCAAGUUGGGUCUGGCAGGCCCCUCCUGAUAGCUGUUUCCUUGUGAGUGAGGAUGGCUUCUGGAUUUGCUUUGUAAAGCUGGAGUGGGUAAGUUAGAUGAGGAAGGGUAGAGGGUAGAGACCAGCGAUUGUACAUUGCGGCUGCUGGUGUGGCCUCGGGUAGGUGGGAGUCCCGGGAAUGAAGCUGAGGAGUUGGGUCCUUUUGGUCAUCACAGCUGACCAGUAAUGGCAAUAUCAUCUCUCCCCUCUCCAGCCCUUUUUCAAGUCUGUACCUGACCCCAGUGAGUGCCCCGAUAUGAGGAAGAGACCUCUUGCCCUUGGAAGACACUUCCAUUUGUUCCUGCCUGAAGACCAGCUGGGUACCCUCUCUGACCCUCCACAUCACCAUGCACUCCUUGGACGAGCCGCUUGACCUAAAGCUGAGCAUCACCAAGCUCCGGGCGGCGAGAGAGAAGCGGGAAAGGACACUGGGUGUGGUCCGGCAUCAUGCUUUGCAUAGGGAGUUGGGCCUGGUGGACGAUAGCCCCACGCCUGGCUCCCCAGGCUCCCCCCCACCAGGCUUCCUGCUGAACCCCAAGUUCCCUGAGAAGGUAGAUGGACGCUUUUCCACAGCCCCCCUGGUGGACCUCAGCUUAUCACCACCGUCUGGACUGGACUCCCCAAAUGGCAGCAGCUCCCUGUCACCUGAGCGCCAGGGCAAUGGCGACCUGCCGCCAUUGCCUACUGCUGUGGAUUUCCAACCACUUCGCUAUUUGGAUGGUGUCCCUAGUUCUUUCCAGUUCUUCUUGCCCCUGGGCUCUGGGGGAGCUCUGCACCUACCUGCUUCCUCCUUCCUCACGCCCCCCAAGGACAAGUGCCUCUCACCAGAGCUGCCCCUGGCAAAGCAGCUGGUGUGUCGAUGGGCCAAGUGUAACCAGCUCUUUGAGCUCCUCCAAGACCUGGUUGACCAUGUCAAUGACCACCAUGUCAAGCCGGAACAGGAUGCUCGGUACUGCUGCCAUUGGGAGGGCUGUGCCCGCCACGGCCGUGGCUUCAAUGCCAGCAGGUACAAGAUGCUCAUCCACAUCCGGACUCAUACCAAUGAGAAGCCACACCGAUGCCCCACCUGCAACAAGAGCUUCUCCCGCCUGGAGAACCUGAAGAUCCACAACCGCUCCCACACAGGUGAGAAGCCCUACGUCUGCCCCUACGAGGGCUGCAACAAGCGUUACUCCAACUCGAGUGACCGAUUCAAGCACACCCGUACCCACUACGUAGACAAGCCCUACUACUGCAAGAUGCCUGGCUGCCACAAGCGCUACACGGACCCCAGCUCACUGCGCAAGCACAUCAAAGCCCAUGGCCACUUUGUGUCUCAGGAGCAGCAGGAGCUCCUACAGCUGCGCCCACCCCCGAAACCACCACUGCCCACUUCCGACAGUGGCUCCUAUGUCAGUGGAGCUCAGAUCAUCAUCCCCAACCCCGCUGCCCUUUUUGGAGGCCCCAGUCUACCUGGCCUGCCCUUACCCCUGGCCCCUGGUCCCCUUGACCUCAGUGCUCUGGCCUGUGGCAAUGGUGGGGGUGGGGGUGGGGGCAUGGGCCCUGGGCUGCCAGGCUCUGUUCUGCCCCUCAAUCUGGCCAAAAACCCGCUAUUGCCCUCACCCUUUGGGGCUGGUGGACUAGGCCUACCUGUGGUCUCUCUCCUGGGUGGUUCUGCUGGUAGCAAGGCUGAGGGGGAAAAAGGACGUGGGUCACUGCCUGCCAGGGUCCUGGGCCUAGAGGACCAUAAGCCUCCCCUGGAAAGGACGGAGCGCAGCCGCUCCCGGCCAAGCCCUGAUGGACUCCCCUUGCUACCAGGAACUGUACUGGACCUGUCCACAGGCAACUCAGCAGCCAGCAGUCCAGAGGCGCUAACUCCUGGCUGGGUGGUCAUCCCUCCAGGGUCUGUGCUGCUCAAACCAGCUGUGGUAAACUGAACCUGGGCUACCCAUCUACCAGCUGUGACAGCCCAGCUACCUACUGUGGGCUCAUCCCCUGACGAACAGAAACUAUUCUGCGAAAUAGCAAUAAUAUCCUACUGUUUCAGGGGCCCGAGUGUCUGCUUCCUGGGAAGCUGCAGCCCCAGACAAACUGGGUAGCAAGGAUGGUGCUAGCUAGGUCUUUGGUGGCUCCAGAGUGCGGACUUGGCUUGGACCUGUUGUCCAAGGAGGCCAUGCUCUUGGAUGCUAAGGCCUCACUUGCCUCCAUUUCCUAGCACAUCAUUUGGGGGAGGCCUUCCUCUGCCUGUCCUCCAAGGACCCCUAGUCCUGCCUCUUGCUUUGGUACAUUCCUCUCUGUGAGCAGUCUGGGCAGGUUGUUAUUCCUCCCUGCCUUACCUACUUGUCAACUGAGAAGCCCUCAGUGAUCAUAAACCCAUGCUUGGGAAUUCCUUAGACUCCUUUCCCUCUGGCACACCCCCUGGAGGGAGAGCAAGACAGACACAGGCCAAGCUACAGGAAAAAGCUGCCUUUUCCUACCUACUGCUAUGACAAGGUGUUUCCCUGCUUACUUAGCAGAGAAGCCUGCUGCCAGUGCCCCCUUCUGCCUGCGUCAGUCAGCACUGCCAAAGGGUUGGUAACACUUUCUAUAGAAGGGGUAGCUGAGCACUCUCCUUUCCCUCGGGAGUGUACAGGCAGGUUCAAAGGAUCAUGGCACUGGUCCAGUCCAGCUUGGGUUGGCCUGGCAGGGUUAUCCUGCAGAAGCCUGGCUAUCCUGCAGUGUCUACACCAGUGGAUACCAGGCUUGGGAAGCAGCUACAGGUUUGGGGGUUACGAAGUCAUGGAAUGCAGGAAGAACUGAUUCAUCAGACUGGAGCUUUCUAGAAACCACGAACUGAAGCCCAUGGGUGUGAGGGAGGCUAGGUAGCCAAGAACAGCUCUUGGAGGACCAACUGCCUGCUAGGGAAAAGCUGGCUUGAGAGUGGACUGGACAUGUGACAAGGUUGUUUUCUUUGACUUUCCAGUUGAGUCCUUUUCUUGGUGGUGCCUCUUUUGCCCACAAGCUCUACCCAAGCCAGCUACUGAUGUAGGGCUAGAAAGCCAAGGACAUUGGAGGACUGUAGUCUACAGCUCCAGAAUGCGCCAGCUUGGGCCUCUUGCUGCCCCCCGUACUAUGAUGAGUGGCUAAGUUCCUCUCCCCAUCUGUACAACAGAAGAGUUGCUGGGAUGGUAGGGUCCUCAGUAGCUCUGUGGUUCCUCUGAGCAGCUUGCCUGUUUUUUCCCAGACUGCCCUUCUGUUUCAGAAGGGUCACCCUGACCUGACCUGCCCAACUGCUGGGCUUAGGACCCCAGCCCUGAUAGGGCUUGGCUGUGCUGGCUCUACCCCUUGAAGGGGCUGUGAGCAAGUUAAGGAGCUGGUCUCCUGUCUUCGGGUCUACCCAUGAUCCAAGCAGCCUCUUGGCUCCGUUAGGGCCCUAGGCCUUACUUAGGUCCCUGGCUGAGAACUGGGUUUGAGACUCAAGCCUGAGAGCAGAGGAACAGGGCACUGGAAGGUGACAUUAGCUCAGCAUGUGAUUCUGUGAUAGACCAGGCUUGGAAGGCCGGUGUACUUGUCAGUCUGUUGUUGCACAUUCCAGGACAUCAGUAUUUUAACAGGUUCUAAGUGCCUUUCUAUUGUAGCUUAUGUUUUUCCUCCUUUUGGCUCCAUUGCUGUUAGCGUAGAGUUUAAAAAAAAAAUAAGCUAAUGACUAUAACAAUUUAUUUCCUCCAUGUGAGAGGAAGUUUAUAAAGAAACAAUAAAAGUGAGUUGCAAA